AUGCAGGAAAAUCUUAUCUUUGAAGAAGAGCUUGCAUCCGGCAGCGAGGGUGAGAACGAAGAACAAUUCUUAUCUCCCACUGCGCAUUCAGCUCGUCGGGAACAAAAUAUCUUCUUCAAGAAUCUACUCACAAAAGCUGCAAAGGACUUGACCAAGCAAGAACUAAAUGGCGCCAAUACAGCUGAGAAUAUAGGCUCUACUCGUUAUCUUCUUACUACGCAAGAAUUCGCUGCUACCAUCGAUGACCCUCGUGAGUACCAGAUUGAGUUGUACGAAAGAGCCAAGGAGGAGAACACGAUAGCGGUGCUUGCCACAGGAUCUGGCAAAACCCUAAUUGCUAUUCUUCUCUUGAAACAUAUCAUUCGAAAUGAGCUGAUUGAUCGAGAACGGGGUCGUCGUCACCGCAUUUCCUUUUUCUUGGUUGAUAGCGUAACGCUUGUGUUCCAACAGACAGCAGUCUUGAAAAACAAUCUUGACCAACCCGUCGCUUCGUUGUACGGCGACAUGGGCUUGGACCUGUGGAACAAAAAGAUCUGGAUGGAAUAUUUCGCCAAGAAUAUGGUCAUUGUGUGUACCGCAGACAUCGUUGUGCAAUGCCUUCUGCAGUCAUAUAUCAGUAUGGAAGACAUAAAUCUGUUGAUUUUCGACGAGGCACAUCAUGCUAAAAAAGAACAUGCUUACGCACGUAUCAUGAAGGAAGGCUAUCUCAGAACCAAACCGGAGUGUCGCCCUCGCGUAUUUGGUAUGACUGCAUCCCCCUUAGAUGCUAAGCGUGACCCGGUGAAAGCUGCCCAGGAGCUAGAGAUUCUCUUGCAUAGCAAGAUUGCAACGGCAUCAAACCUUGCCCUUUUGCGGCAGGUUGUUAGUCGGCCUCAGGAGGAGCAAUGGAAGUAUCCGGCGCUCAAGAAGCCGUUUAAGACCACCCUUCAUCAAAUCCUGGAAAAAGGGUACGGUGAUAUGGAAUGUCUCAAGCCUAUAUUCACUUUCUCCUUUGAAGCCAGCUCUUAUCUGGGGCCCUGGUGUGCGGAUCACGUCUGGUCAGGAGCUCUCUCCGAAAAGAUGCUGCCGAGAUUCCAUGGGAAAAUUACUAAAACAUGGAAAAGGCUCGGGGGUGAAGCUGCAACUCAGAAGACUGAAACUGAGAUGUCAAGGCUCAAGGAAAUAUCUGAGUUGAUAGCAAACUAUGAAAUGCCGAGUGGUUCAAACAUUUUGGAGCAGCUUAGCGACAAAGUGCGAAUCCUUUAUCAGCAUUUGACUAAACGCUUCGAAGAAGCCCCAAACACGAAAUGCAUAGUAUUCACAAAGCAAAGAAAUACUGCAAAGUUGCUCGAAGCUGUUUUCAAACAGCUGUCUGUUCCAAAUAUGCGCCCAGGCGUUCUGGUGGGAAUCAGGUCGGGAGACAUAGGCGGAAUGAACUCGACUUAUCAUCAGCAAUUCAAGGCAACGAUUGAGUUUAGAAAGGGAGAGUCGAAUUGUUUGUUUGCAACAUCUGUUGCGGAGGAGGGCCUUGAUAUCCCGGACUGCAAUCUCGUUGUCAGAUUCGAUCUCUAUGAGACUCUUAUCCAGUACGUCCAGAGCCGCGGCCGAGCAAGACGUGGCGAUUCUAUAUAUGCACACAUGAUAGAAAUCGACAACAUGGAGCAUGAAACCAGACUUGAUGAGGUGCAUCAGGCAGAGGAACUCAUGCGCCGAUUUUGUGAUGCCCUUCCUAAAGACAGACUCCUCGGUGAUGACACAGACACGCUGAGUGUCAUCUUGGAAAAGGAUAGUAGAAAAAGACAAUAUAAGAUCGAAAAAACAGGAGCAACUCUAACCUAUCAUUCGGCCAUAACGGUUAUUGCACGCUACGCAAGCUCUCUGCAAUACGAAAACAAUGAAACCGCUUUACAUCCUCACUACGUCACGAUUCAGACUAAAGUGAUUGUUUUCUCUUCUGCUGAGCCGCUACAGAGGGAGAGUCACAGCAUGCUUUUGUUGACUCGCAAAUCGCUACCACAGUUUCCCGAAUUUCCCAUAUACUUAGAUGAUGACGUUGAGACUAUUAUCAGGACCAUUCCCGUAUCCAAAGCGUUAUCUGUCUCGUCGAAGGAAAUUGAGCUCUUGAGCAAUUAUACUCUUCGAAUCUUCCAGGACUUGUAUAACAAGAUCUACGAAAUGAAUCAGGAAAUAAUGCCAUACUGGUUGAUUCCUACAGCAAGUGGCAUUAGCGAGUAUGGUGAGGGCCUUAAUCCUUCAGACGUGAUUGAUUGGGAAGCGCUGCAAUUUGCCAAGGAUCACGAGCGCCUUAAUAGUACUUCAAUGUCGCCAGGGGAUUUUAGUGAUCAUUUCGUCUACGACCCCUGGGAUGGAAAGUAUCGUUACUUUCUCAAAGGUGUUAAUACUUCACUUCGCGCAAAAGAUCCGCCACCGUCUUUUUUACCACAUCGUCGACACAUGAAGAAUAUCAUGGAGUACGGACUUAGCUUAUACAAGAGAAGUCGAAUUCACUUUCUGGCCACGUGCGAUUGGAAUCAACCUGUUUAUGACGCAGAGCUGGUACCUCUACGCCGAAACUUGCUUGACAAGAUGUCAGACAGCGAGAAACAAGUGGAAAAGAGAAUGGUGUUGUGCUUGGAGACUCAAGUAGUUUCCGCUAUACCUGCCACGGUUGCAACAAGUUGCUUUGCGUUUCCAGCAAUUAUCACCAGAAUCGAUUCGUACCUUGUUGCUCACGAAUGUACCAACGAACUUGGUCUAAAGAUAGACUUGGGAUAUGCCCUAGAAGCCGUGACAAAGGACUCUGACAACAUGGAAGAGCAUCGCUUAGAGCAGAUCCAGUUUCAGCGAGGCAUGGGGAGGAACUAUGAGCGACUUGAGUUUCUUGGAGACUGCUUUCUCAAGAUGGCCACGUCAAUAUCUCUAUUUGCUGGAAGUCCGAAUGAUCAAGAAUUUGACUUUCAUGUCAAUCGUAUGACAUUGAUUUGCAACAGGAAUUUGUUCAACACAGCAAAACAGCGAAAAAUAUAUGAAUACAUCCGAAGCAAAGGCUUUUCUAGGCGAAACUGGUAUCCCGAAGGAAUGAAGCUGCUUCGCGGCAAAGCGAAUGAGGACAAAGCAUCAACGCACACACAUGGAUUGGGCGAAAAAACAAUUGCUGAUGUUUGCGAGGCCCUCAUUGGAGCCUCUCUUCUUUCUGGUGGUCCUGUCAAUCGUUUCGAUAUGGCUGUCAAAGCUGUGACUAUAUUAGUCAAUAGUGAGCUCCACGAUGUCGAAAAUUGGGCGGAUUAUUUCUCUCGUUAUUCUUUACCACUUUAUCAAAUCAAAGAGGCCGAUGGGUUUGAGAAAGAUCUUGCCAAGCAAAUUGACAAGAAAUUGGGAUAUCGUUUCAACUAUCCAAGAUUGCUUCGCUCCGCAUUCACUCAUCCUUCGUUUCCUUCUGCCUGGUCGACAGUGCCAUGCUAUCAGCGGCUUGAAUUUCUAGGCGAUUCGCUUUUGGAUAUGGUCUGCGUUGAGGAUCUGUAUGAGCGUUUUCCAGACCGUGAUCCUCAGUGGCUGACUGAGCACAAAAUGGCUAUGGUGUCCAACAAAUUCCUCGGUAGUCUGGCUGUCCGCCUCGACUUGCACACUCACCUACAGUACUUCAGCAACCAACUUCAGGCACAGAUUGCUCAAGCAGUCGAGGAUUCGAAGCUCGCUUAUGAAAGUCAUCAAUCCGUGGAUUUUUGGCUCAUGACCGAAGAUCCCCCCAAGUGCCUUUCGGAUAUGGUAGAAGCUUACCUAGGCGCGAUUUUUGUUGACUCUGGUUUUGAUUUUGGGGUCAUUGAGGGCUUCUAUGCCAAGCACAUCAAACCUUACUUUGAGGACAUGUCCCUCUAUGACACUUUUGCGAACAAGCAUCCCACGACAUAUCUUCACAGAAAAUUGACGGACGAUUUUGGUUGCACGCAAUAUACCUUGAAAGCAGCCGAAAUCCCCUCCGUGGAUGGUGCUCCCACGGUGGUCCUGGCAGCCGUGCUGGUUCAUAAUGUCGAUCUAGCGCAGGCUACAGCAUCAUCGGGAAGUUCCUACAAUCCUUAUGGCAUCCUCACCGAUGAGGAGCUGCAGCUCAUGCAGGCCUUUGAAGGCAAAAAGGAGAAAACCCUGACUCGAAAGAUCGAUUUUCGAAUUCUACCCGUUUUUGCUUUUCUUUAUCUCUUGUCCCAUGUCGACCGUAGCAAUCUCGGAAAUGCAAAGAUCGAAGGGAUGAACGCUGACUUGGGCCUGGUCGGAAGUCAGUACAAUGUUGCAUCGACCCUGUUUUUUAUCCCAUAUAUCUUACUUGGUGUCGUCAUGACUUUGAUGUGUCUUGUCCAGAACUAUUCAGGAUUGAUUGCUUGCCGUAUAUUUCUGGGGAUUUUUGAGGCUGGCUUCUUUCCCGGGGCAGUAUAUAUCGUCAGUUCCUGGUACAUCCGUAGAGAACUCCAACAACGUAUCGCCCUAUUUUACACCGCCUCCGCCUUCUCCGGUGCUUUCGGUGGCCUUUUGGCCUUUGCAAUUUCAAAACUAGACGGAGUUGGGAAUAUAGCUGGCUGGCGUUGGAUCUUCUUGAUUGAAGGAUGCGUGACAGUAGCCGUUGGAUUGGCAAUGCCAUUUGUCAUUCCCAAGAAUUCCGACAAGGCCGUUUGGCUUACUGACGAAGAAAAACGAUUUAUUGAUUGUCGUCUCCGUCUUGCAGGAGUAAGAGCUACGAGCAAGGAAGUCGAGAGCGAAAAUUUCUCGUGGCGUCAUCUCUUAGCAGGCUUGUUGGACUGGAAAGUCAACCUGGGAUACUCAUCGACGAUUGCACAGCUCAUGACAAUUCCACCUUAUUUCUGCGGAGGCGUUUCGUCUUACGUAGUCGGACGCAUUGCGGAUCGGUUCUCAUGGCGAUAUCCCUUCAUCAUCGGACCAAUGUGUGUCCUUCUGACCGGGCUGUACAUCAUGUUUGGAUUUGCAAGCAAUAUCCACGGUCAUGUGCAGGUCAUGUACUUUGGUACUGUUCUCGCACAGAUUGGUAUCUAUCCUCUUCUCCCCGGUAUAUCGGCCUGGACGGGAAACAAUGUUGCCCCAGAUCAGAAACGGGCUGUCAGCAUUGCGUGGCUUCUUGCCGGCGGGAAUCUUGCAAGCUUGAUUGGAACAAAUGUGUUUCUUCAGAAAGAGGCUCCGCUGUACACCACUGGAUACUCGACGUCCAUUGCCCUAGUGCUCCUUGGAAUGAUAGCUGCUACAGCCAACGAGAUUACUCUGAUGCGUUGCAACCGAGCCCGUGCGCAAGUCUCCGAGGAAGAUAUACGGACACAGUUCACUCAGGAAGAAUUGGAUAAGCAGGGUGAUAAAAGUCCUCUGUACAAGUACACAUUAUGA